UCGGAGCUCCAGCGGCAGUACCUUCUGCUGCUUGGCCGACGUAACAGAUCAGGGAAAUCACUUGUUCAAAAUGUAUGCAAAAACUAUUGGAGACCGUCAAGCUGCUAAAGAACAUGCUUUGGCUGUUUCGAGAGACUUCGUUGCUCAACCUCGACUCACAUACAAAACUGUGUCAGGUGUGAAUGGACCAUUGGUUAUAUUGGAUGAAGUCAAAUUCCCAAAGUUUGCAGAGAUUGUUCAGUUAAAACUAGCUGAUGGUUCUAUGAGAUCUGGUCAAGUGUUGGAAGUAUCUGGUUCUAAGGCUGUGGUUCAAGUAUUCGAGGGUACUUCUGGCAUUGAUGCGAAAAACACACUAUGUGAAUUCACUGGUGACAUUUUACGAACACCAGUAUCCGAAGACAUGUUAGGUCGUGUCUUCAAUGGAUCUGGAAAGCCAAUCGAUAAAGGCCCACCGAUUCUUGCUGAAGAUUUCCUUGACAUUGAUGGACAGCCUAUUAAUCCAUGGUCACGUAUUUACCCUGAAGAAAUGAUUCAAACUGGUAUUUCAGCUAUUGAUGUUAUGAAUUCUAUUGCUCGUGGCCAAAAAAUUCCUAUUUUCUCUGCUGCUGGUUUGCCACAUAAUGAGAUUGCUGCACAAAUCUGUCGUCAAGCUGGUCUUGUAAAAGUACCUGGAAAAUCAGUUUUGGAUUCUCAUGAAGACAACUUUGCCAUUGUCUUCGCAGCUAUGGGUGUGAACAUGGAAACCGCCCGUUUCUUCAAACAGGAUUUCGAAGAAAAUGGUUCUAUGGAAAAUGUGUGCCUCUUCUUGAAUUUGGCCAAUGAUCCUACCAUCGAAAGAAUUAUUACUCCGCGUCUUGCUUUAACUGCGGCUGAAUUUUUGGCUUACCAAUGCGAGAAACACGUUUUAGUAAUACUUACCGACAUGUCCUCCUACGCUGAGGCUCUUCGUGAAGUAUCAGCUGCCCGUGAAGAAGUACCUGGACGACGUGGUUUCCCUGGUUACAUGUACACCGAUUUAGCAACCAUAUACGAGCGAGCCGGUCGAGUAGAAGGUCGUAAUGGUUCUAUCACUCAAAUUCCAAUUCUAACUAUGCCAAACGAUGAUAUCACUCACCCUAUUCCUGAUUUAACGGGAUAUAUUACCGAAGGACAAAUUUACGUUGAUCGUCAACUUCAUAACAGACAAAUUUAUCCACCUGUUAACGUACUUCCAUCUCUUUCCCGUCUUAUGAAAUCUGCUAUCGGCGAAGGCAUGACACGAAAAGAUCAUUCCGAUGUAUCUAAUCAAUUGUAUGCCUGCUAUGCUAUUGGAAAAGAUGUACAAGCUAUGAAAGCAGUCGUUGGUGAAGAAGCUUUAACACCAGACGAUUUGUUAUACUUGGAAUUCCUUUCCAAAUUCGAGAAAAAUUUCAUUUCUCAGGGAAGUUAUGAAAAUCGUACUGUUUUCGAGUCAUUAGAUAUCGGCUGGCAAUUAUUACGUAUCUUUCCUAAAGAGAUGCUUAAACGAAUUCCUGCCAGUACUCUUGCUGAAUUUUAUCCAAGAGAUUCCCGUCAUUAAUUUUUGUUACACUUAUAAUUCAAUUUCCAUCUUCCCAAAAAAUCCAUGAAAAAAUGGUAAAUAAAAAAUAAUGAAUUAUAGCGGCCUGACCUGUUUCAAGAUCAGAAAGGAAAUAAUUAAAUGUGUAUAGUGUUUUGAAAGUAGUUGUCCCAUAUCAGCGAAGUUGUUACAAUAUUUUCAUUAAUCAAGUUGGAAAUAAAAAUCAAGAAAGUUGAAAAUUAUUAACAAAUGUUACACAAUAUAAUUAAAUACAUUUUGAUAAAUAAGAAGGCUGAACAACUACAAGUACGCGCUACUAAAAAUAUUUGUACGGAACUUGUAUUUAAAAGGUCAGAGCCAUGUUGUGCUGUUUAACGUUAAUUCUAUAGCGUUAAUGUAAGAUUAAUUAUAAUAAUGUUUUCUGUUUUAUCCGAAUGUUCGCUUACAGAAAGUGAUUGUGUAAAGUGUAAUAUAUUACUCAGUAUUAACAUAGAAAAAGAGAUACGAUCAUAUAUCACUUUAUAUUUUCUUUGUCCUACAUUCCAGUAUAAAUCAAUUUGCGAAAUGGUUUGUUUCUUCGCUUAAACAACAGAAACAGUAACGUUUAAUAUUAUUCGACGUUGCUACAAAUGUAUAAACAUUUAUGGAUAAGCAACUUUUAAAAUCAAUAUUCUACAAGCACCCCUAUUGCUUUAAUGUUGUAUAGAAUAGUAUUCUUGUUUCAAAUAAAUAUAUAAAGUAUAGUUUACAUACAAA